AUGGGAGAAGAGCGAGAAUACGAUGGGUACAAUCCCAAGAGACGCCGCCUCGAUGGCGCGCACUCCAACAAUCGAUUUCGCAACGACUCCCGCGGGUCCUCACAACGCGUCGAGUCCCGCCAUGCGCCAACCCAAAAGCGCCAGCAGGAGGACGACCAGCAGCCUGCCGACGAGGACUGGAAAGCGCUAGAUCGAGACUGGUACAUGCAAGACGAGUUUGGUGGGCAUGCGUUUGGCGACGAGACGCACAACCCGUUCGCGUCGUACGAGACGUCCACCGCCGAGGCGCUGCAGGUCGAGUCCGCCCAAGCCGAGAAGAUGGUCAGCCGAUACGACGCGCGACAGGAACAGCGGCGCAAGGAGAACGACGCCUGGGAAACGAAUCGGAUGCUGGUCUCGGGCGUCGCCCAGCGUCGCGACAUGGCCUCGGACUUUGACGACCAGGAGGCAACCCGCGUGCACCUGCUCGUCCACGAACUGCGGCCGCCGUUCCUGGACGGCCGCACCAUCUUCACCAAGCAGCUCGACCCGGUACCGGCCGUCCGGGACUACCAGAGCGACAUGGCCGUGUUUAGUCGGAAGGGAAGCAAGGCGGUCAAGGAGGCGCGGCAACAGCGAGAGCGGCAGAAGCAGGCCCAGCAGGCGACGAGCCUGGCGGGCACCGCACUCGGAAAUAUCAUGGGCGCAAAGGAAGAUGAUGGCGACAGCGCGCUUCCCGCGCCUGUCGAGGCGGAUGUGGACAGCGCCGAGCGCAAGGGCAACAAGUUCAGCACACACAUGAAGAAGGCCGAAGGAGCGAGCGACUUCAGUCGAAGCAAGACACUACGAGAGCAGCGUGAGUACCUCCCCGCGUUCGCGGUGCGAGAGGAGUUGCUGCGCGUCAUUCGAGAGAAUCAAGUCACGAUUGUCAUCGGUGAAACAGGUUCGGGAAAGACGACACAGCUGACGCAAUUUCUGUACGAGGACGGCUACGCCAAGACGGGCAUGAUCGCCUGCACGCAGCCGCGUCGUGUUGCGGCGAUGAGUGUAGCCAAGCGUGUAGCCGAGGAAAUGGAAGUAGAACUGGGAACCACGGUCGGUUAUUCCAUUCGUUUCGAGGACGUCACCAGCAAGGACACCGAGAUCAAGUACAUGACGGAGGGUAUCCUGCUUCAGCACUCCCUGACUGAGCCUGACCUGGACCGGUACUCGUGCAUCAUCAUGGAUGAAGCCCACGAGCGUGCUCUCAAUACCGAUAUUCUCUUUGGUCUGUUCAAGAAGAUUCUAUCGCGCCGGCGCGACCUGAAGCUGAUUGUUACCUCUGCGACCAUGAACGCCAAACGCUUCUCCGAUUUCUUCGGCAAUGCCCCGGAAUUCACUAUCCCCGGACGUACAUUCCCGGUCGACGUCAUGUUUCACCGCUCGCCCGUUGAAGACUACGUCGACCAAGCAGUGCAACAGGUUCUCGCCAUCCACGUUUCCAUGGACCCCGGUGACAUCCUCGUCUUCAUGACUGGUCAGGAAGACAUUGAGAUUACCUGCGAGCUGAUCCAAAAGCGACUGGACGCCCUCAACGACCCGCCCAAGCUGAGCAUCUUGCCCAUCUACAGUCAAAUGCCAGCGGACCUACAGUCCAAGAUCUUCGACCGGGCCGAGGCGGGGGUGCGCAAGUGCGUGGUGGCGACCAACAUUGCCGAGACGAGUUUGACGGUCGAUGGCAUCAAGUACGUGGUGGACGCGGGGUACAGCAAGAUGAAGGUGUACAACCCCAAGAUGGGCAUGGACACGCUGCAGAUCACGCCCAUCUCGCAGGCCAACGCGUCGCAGCGGUCGGGUCGCGCGGGCCGUACGGGGCCGGGCAAGGCGUUCCGGCUCUUCACGGAGAAGGCGUUCAAGGAGGAGCUGUACCUGCAGACGAUCCCCGAGAUCCAGCGGACCAACCUGUCCAACACGGUGCUGAUGCUCAAGUCGCUGGGCGUCAAGGACCUGCUCGAGUUCGACUUCAUGGACCCGCCGCCGCAGGACACCAUCACGACGUCCAUGUUCGACCUGUGGGCGCUCGGCGCGCUCGACAACCUGGGUGAGCUGACGCCGAUGGGCCGCAAGAUGAGCGCGUACCCGAUGGACCCGUCGCUGGCCAAGCUGCUCAUCGUCGCCGCGGAGCAGGGCUGCAGCGAGGAGAUGAUCACCAUCGUGUCCAUGCUCUCCGUGCCCAGCGUCUUCUACCGGCCCAAGGAGCGGCAGGACGAGGCCGACGCGCAGCGCGAGAAGUUCUGGGUGCACGAGUCGGACCACCUGACCUACCUGCAGGUGUACCAGGCGUGGAAGGCCAACGGCUUCUCGGACGGGUGGUGCGCGCGGCACUUCUUGCACUCCAAGUCGCUGCGGCGCGCCAAGGAGAUCCGCGAGCAGCUGCUGGACAUUGCGCGGAUGCAAAAGGUGGCGCUGGCGAGCUGCGGGAUGGACUGGGACGUGAUCCGGCGGUGCGUCUGCGCGGGCUACUACCACCAGGCGGCGCGCUACAAGGGCUCGGGCGAGUACGUGAACCUGCGGACCAACCUGCCGGUGCAGCUGCACCCGACGUCGGCGCUGUACGCGGGCCACCCGCCCGACUACGUCGUCUACCACGAGCUGGUGCUCACCUCCAAGGUGUACGUGUCGACCGUCACGGCCGUCGACCCGCACUGGCUCGCCGACAUGGGCGGCGUCUUCUACUCGGUCCGCGAGAAGGGCUACUCGGCGAGGGCCAAGCGCGUCACGGAGACGGAGUUUAACCGCAGGGUCGAGAUCGAGGCGCAGAUGGCGGAGGACAAGCGCCGCGAGGAGCGGAGGCGCGAGGAGGAGGAGGAGCGCGCGGUGGCGGCCAAGAAGAAAGGCGGCGCGGGGGACGGCAAGAAGUUUGUGACGCAGGGCGCGGUCAAGAAGCCAGUGGUGAAGCGCAGGGGGCGAGGCUUCUAG